AUGCACGAAUCGGGAUUGCUUCCUUGCAGACCACCACCACCACCUCCUCCAUCCAGACCCCCUCCAGUUGCGAGACCACCACCCACACGUCCUUCUCCACGACCCCCACCUGCAUACCAGCCCCCUGCACCACCUGUGACCAGACCACCGCCUCCUCCCGGACCAACACCCUUCCCCAGACCACCGCCACAAGGUCCUCCCCUGCGACCACCGCCAUCGUUUCCUCCUCCACCUCCCGUGGCUAGACCUCCAUCAGCACCACCUCCUCCUUCCAGACCUCCUCCAGUAGCGAGACCACCCCCCCCUGGUACACCAUUCCAGCCACCAGCACCUGCGCCGAGACCACCACCCCGGCGCCCUCCUGGACGACCACCUCCAGCGUACACUCCUCCACCUCCUUCAGCUGCUCCACCGACACAAUUUCCCUCACCACGGCCUCCACCUUCAUUUCCUCCUCCACCUCCUGUGGCCAUACCUCCGUAA